AUGCCUCCCAAGACAGUACAGACGACGCCGAGCAAGGGCAAGCCCGCGACCGCUCGCUCGGCGGCGAGCCCGGCAACGACUCUCUACUUGACGGCGUACAACACGGCUUCGGCGCUCGCUUGGGGCUGCGUGCUGUUCCGCGUGGCUGUGCACAUGAGUGGCGGAGACGGCUACACGGGUAUCAAGGAGUGGGCCGGCUUGCAGGGUGUCGGCGAGACGUUCAGGAAGCGGGCAACCGGGGCUUUCGAUGAAGUCGGCGACGUUGUCAAAUGGGUGCAAACCGCCGCCCUCCUCGAGGCUGUCCACUCGGCAACUCGCCUCGUCCGCUCCCCGCUCGGCACGACGGUCGCCCAGAUUGCAUCUCGCCUCGCGCUUGUUUGGGGCGUGUGCGAGUUCUUCCCGCAGGUCGCCCGCUCGCCGUUCUACGUCUCGAUGGUGACCGCCUGGUCGUUCGCCGAGAUGAUCCGCUACACGCACUACGCGACCGGCUUGCAAGGGAUCAAGAUCAAGGCGCUCGAGUGGCUUCGCUACACAGCCUUCUACAUUCUCUACCCCGUCGGCGCCGGCUCGGAAGCAGCGCUAAUCUUCUUCUCCGCCCCGCACGCCAAAGAACAAUACGGCACUCUCGCGAUGUACGCCGUCUACAUCCUCGUCACAGGCUGGCCUCCCGCCCUCGCGUUCCUCAUGUCCUACAUGCACUCGCAGCGCCGCAAACACGUCUCGGGCUCUUCUUCGCGCUCGGCCCCUGUGACGCCGAAGAAGACGGGCGUCGCACCGAAGGACAUCACGAGUGCUGUCACGCCCGAGAACGUGCUGCCGGAGGCGUUGGGCGCGACACCGGCGAGGAGCACAAGGAGCAAGACGAGGAAGUCGGAGUGA